CUCACUCUCCUUGGGUUAAGAUCUUUGCUCUUUUGACGUACUUUGAGCGUGUGACAUCGUACUCUAGAGUGAGCCCCACACCAGCAAGUGCAAUCAUAUUCCUCUAUCUGAUAAGGCACUGUCUCCAGACCGGGGCCAUACAUAGGAGCCGUCCCUCGUGCGUAAACUAGUUAUAAAGGCAGCACUUCAAGUAUCUUACUGGCAUGAACUGGUCUGUGGACUUCCUGACGACCGUCCUCCAACUGUGAUCUUCAUCUCCGCUCCGAUUUUAGGUCAGCCAGCUACUACAAUGGCGACCAUACUCCUGUUACUCGGAGCAGUGUUCGUGCUGUCCUCUAUCACAUUGUUUAUCGUGCAGAACGAGAGGCGAGACGUCAUCCUCGAAAGAUUCCACCUAAAACGACGCCGAGACUCUGGCUCCAGAACACCACCAAGAUCGUUCUCACCAGAAAGGAAGAGAGCCCAAAGUGUCUCAGCUCCUGACUACUCAACUACAUUUCCGCCCUCUCGGCGUUCUACUCUAGCUAAAGCAGUAGGAGCUUCACAUCAGGACUGGACCAAACAUGUUCUACCUAUCGAAACGUCCUACCUUGAAGCUACCGAUGAUGAAUAUACGCCAUGCGAGUUCUCUAUUGCAGACAUCAAAGCCCUAGGCGAUUUCCCUGACUACGCCACCCUGAGUGGCGUGCCUCUUCCUGCACCAUACCACAACUUUGACAUUCACAAGGCACUCCCAAGACCAUACAGACCCUUCCGAUGGGCAUAUCAUCAGACAAUGUCACUUACGAAGAUGGAGCCGGACUGGUGGAUAGAACUCGAGAACACAUACGAACACCGCAUGAGGCAGCGCUCGCAGCUAUUCGUUGAGCAUGGUGACGCAGUACUACAAGCGCUCCCAGGUUCCGAACUAGCGUGCAAAGAACUUAUGGAGAUGGUGCUGCAAUUUCUGUGCGCCCGAUACCCGCAAUACUUCUCCCUCAGCGCCUCCAAAACGGUGUUUCACAAUGCCAUUCUGAAGACCGAAACGGAUCUCAAGCAGACACCGCCUCUGCACGUGCUCUUCCAGAAUGUACCAGAGGACUUUGCGAUUAUGUUGCGCGAUGAGAAGACUGGACUCUACAUCUUCCGUGCCGGCAUCAUCUGCAGUGCCCUGGGCUGGAAUGCCGGCACAAAGAUGGGGUUGCAUCUACACGAGAUCCAUGCCCCGAUACCGGACUACAAAGAGAAGAUGCAGUUCUCCAUGGACAGAUAUUUUGCCAAAAAGCCAACCGACAAACCCAUUCAGCGCGGUUCGUGGGGUCUAGAAGUUGAUCAGCCUCUAUUCAUGCCGCCCGGCGAUGGCCACGAGACUUAUCGAUCCCAUCAAAUGCCAGACCUUGAGUUGUCGCGCUGUCACUUACGUGUCGACUGGCAGACGCUACGUCGCCUCCCACUCUCAGGCGGUGUGGUUUUCAAUUUCAAGGCACUCUUUACGCCCGUGGAGGACUUUCGUGAUGAGCCCUACGUACCAGGUCUAGUAUUGAAGGUGCUCAAUGAGGGAAAGAGGACGUUAAUGGAUUACAAGAAUUCGUGGCAUACGGAGCACGUGGUCAAGCCUGCGCUCGAAGCUUUCCACAAGGAACAAGUCGAGAGAGGGAUUGUGGAGAGGGAUUGGGAGCCGAGAACGUUGGACGAGAGUCCGUGGUUUCCGGGUUGGGAAGAGAAGUGGCAUCGUCAGCAGGGCUUCUGAGAGCGCGUCAACUUCAUUCGAAUAGC